UUAUCGCAUCGUCAACGUCACCGUUCGUAAAAACACACGUGUCUAGGCCGCGACACGUGCGUACCUUGUACCCACGGGCCUGAUGGAUAUCGGAUCAAGUGGAUGGAUGAGAAAUGUUGAUCAGAUCGCUCGGCAGAUGGAGGAAAAGCUGAGUUUGGAGGGGACCGUAGUCGUUCAGAGAGCGAGCGAGCUGCAAGCGGAAGCGCAGAAGCUGGCUCGGCAACGUGCCUUCCUACGAGAAGAACGGCGACGAGCUCGCAUGGAUGAGGAGGUGCUUCGGCUGGAAAAAGCCGACUUGAGCAUGACGAAAGAUGACGAGUGGAUUCCAGCGGAGUGCCUUGCACACCACUCCGAGAAGAGAGUCAGACUUAAUGUUGGCGGACAGGUGUGA